UAGAAAUUACACAAUUUGCACAGUUUCCUUCACACGUCUUCCUCUUCUCCCUUCUUCCUCUAUUACUCGGUUCCAUUAUCUGCAAAAGCAUUAUAUGUUACCAGUAGCAGGACAAUUACAAUUUCUAAGGGCAAUCUCAAGUUUAUCCUCCACAACACAAACUCAAAUUCAACUUCUAGAAAAGUACUUGACAGGACAAUUUCAAGUUCUAAGGGCAAUCUCAAGUUUAUCCUCCACAACACAAACUCAAAUUCAACUUCCAAACAAGGAUAAAGAUUUGAUCUUUGAAGUUUCAAAUAAGGAAGAUUCGAUCUCUCACGUUGAUGCAACGGAAUCUAUGGCUUUAGUUGAUGUUCCAUGUGCAAAGAAAGCUUCUAAGCAGCGUGGGGUACAACAUUAUGAUGCAUCUUCUACUGAUUUUGGUUGUCAUGAUGUAGUUCUUUGUCAUACUCGUCCACAAACAUCAUGGAUUCCAGAUUUGUUUCGCAUCUAUAAACUUGUUCUUAUAGUUCAUGGUUAUCGUGUGUGGGUGAUUGCUUGGUUAGAUCAAAAACUGAGGGUCCUUUUAAGGUUGUUAAAAAGUUUGGGUUCGACACAUACAAGGUGUUAUUGGGGCAUGGUAUAUGUGCAACACUUAGGGGAGCUGAUUUGGUGCCGUGCUUGGAAGACCCUUAAGGACAAGGGAUGUUUUCAAGACAGAGGGGGUGAUACAUGUGAGAAAUCGCUCGUUUCCUACAAAUCCUAAUUCUGUUAGGAUUUUCUUAUUUUCUAGUUUUGGUAGGAUUAGUUUUCCUAAUUCUAUUAGGAUAAGAACUCCAAGUUCUGUCAGAAGUCUAAUCGUUUAAAUGUUUUAGUUGAGUUGUAAUUCUAGUUGAGUUAGAAGUCCAAAUCCCAGUUGAAUUAGGAUUCUAAUUGGAGUAGAGUUAUAAUGGUAUUAGGAGUCUAAUUAGUAGUCACCAAGUUGAGCUUGUUCUACUUGGAUUAAGAGUACAUUUAUUUCUUUAAUAUCUUAUUCUUAAUUUGCCUAGCUUUAG